AUGGCUGCUCUUCGCUCCAGCGGGGUGGCUGCCGGCUCUUCUCCAAAUGGCAUGACCUCGCCACCGGUAUCUGGUACUAAUGUAGCUCCGCGGCAGACGGCGCUGACCAAUCGCCUUAAUUCCGCGUUAUCAGCAUCGUAUGCGGAUUCGGAGAUCAGAGAUGCCCUGGAGACUUUGGAUAGCAGAGGGAUUCGAAACACUGCAGAAACGCGAAGGAGUCUACGGCUUGAUGUUCAGAAAGAGGUCAUUGACUCCAAUGGCAAGAUAAUACAGGAUUUUGGCAGGGUUGCCGAGCAACUCUCUCGCAUCGGCGAUGUCAUUGCCAACCUUAAUACGAUAUGUCAGGAUAUGCGAAAACACCUUUCAGUAGCGCAUCAAGAGACCGGACCGGUGCUAGAAGAAGCAUCUGCCCUUCGAACACAGAAGGAGGAAGCUGAGACCAAACAGGCCUUACUCAAUGCCUUCAACACGCACUUUAUUCUCUCUGAAGAAGAUGUGCAGGUUCUGACCUCUCCGGCAGAACCAGUCGAUAACCGGUUCUUCGAUGUCCUGGGCCGAGCGAAACAAAUACACAAGGACUGCGAGGUUCUGCUAGGCAGUGAAAACCAGAAGCUGGGACUGGAGAUCAUGGAGCAAAGCUCUAAGAAUCUUAACUCUGCAUUUCUCAAGCUAUAUAAUUGGAUACAGAAAGAAUUCAAGUCUCUGAACCUGGAGGAUCCGCAUAUUGGCGGUGCGAUCAGAAGAGGUAUCCGAGUUCUCGCUGAGAGACCAAGUCUCUUCCAUAGCUGUCUUGAUUUUUUCGCCGAGGCCCGAGAAUAUAUCCUCUCCGAUGCGUUUCAUCAUGCUCUGACGAUAGCUUUGUCUACCGAGGGAGGUGAUGCGAACACAAAACCAAUCGAGUUUUCUGCCCAUGACCCCCUCCGAUAUGUUGGAGAUAUGCUCGCCUGGGUACAUUCCGCCACUGUUUCUGAGAGGGAGGCCUUGGAGGCCCUCUUCGUUUCGGAAGCAGAUGACCUUGCUAAGGGGAUGGAAGCCGGUAUAAAGAGCGAACCGUGGUCUCGUGUCGAGGAAGGGGAGAUGGUAUUCGACGGCCAAAAGGCCUUGAAGGAACUUAUCACCCGAGACUUGAGUGGAGUUGCUCGCUCGCUGCAUCAAAGAGUGGAAUUGGUAGUGCAAGGUCAUGAUGAUCCAGUCACAAUAUACAAAGUGAUUAACCUCCUAGCAUUCUACGAAACCACGUUCAGCAAACUUGUUGGAGCCGAGUCGGCUCUAGUAGAUACGUUGGCGUCCCUACAGCGGUUUUCGAUGGAGCAUUUCGAGUCUCUGAUGCAGGAUCGCGUGAAGACCGCCUCAAACGAUGUUGCUGGCCUCAUACCGCCGGACGACGCGAGCCCACCUGAAUAUCUGACUGAAUGUCUGGAGAACCUAACGUCGCUCAUGAAAGCUUAUGACUCCUCGUUCGGCCACGAAGCAAUUAACAAGACGUUCAAGGAAGCUAAUAAAUUCACACCAAUCAUUCAGGCAACGUUAGAUCCGAUGCUGGAGUUGACGAAAAAAUCCGCCGCCACUUUGAAGGACCCGGUCUCAGAGGUAAUAUUUCGAACCAACUGCCUGCUUGCUGUUCGAUCAGCUAUAUCCCACUACGAAUUCGCUGCCAUCACCCAUUCGGGCCAGUUGUCAACUACGCUUGCCAACUUGCGGGCCGAACUUCACAAGUUCCAGCACAAGUUCCUCCUUCAACGCUCCGGCCUACAGACACUCCUUCAGGCCCUGGCCCCCUUUACAUCAUCAUUUACAAGUACUGGAGGCGCCACUUCAGAAAACACAAACCUUGCAGCCAUCUCGAGUCUACCAGAGUUUCAACCCCAGGCUCUCUCCGCUACCAGCCAACAACUAGACGAUUUCCUACCGGCAGCGCUGGUUGAGGCAACAGAGAAUCUCAAACGUAUAAAUAGCCCUAGCCUAGUGAAGAGUGUGACUGAAGAAGCCGUCGAGGCUUUCUCAAGCGACUUUGAGUUCCUUGAGAGCAUGAUCAUUGGAGCCGAUGAAGCUAAUCAGAAGGAGGAUAAUGAUGGGCAGGCAUCUACCACCGAAGAUGGAUCUGGAGAAGAGCAGGAAUGGAGUUUGAGAGCCUUGUUUCCACGGACAACGGGCGAGAUCAGAGUUCUGCUGAGCUAG